AUGGUUCUCUCACUUUCUUACCGCCGCCCGGCCUAUGUCUCGCCCUCCCGCGACUCACUUGACUCCGAGAAAGGUGGUCGGGUUGAGUCGAUCAACUCCAACUCGAGUUGCCCGUAUGGAAUCCCAGACGCUUUGUCUUUCGACCGGAUCAUCAACGGAGGGACAUGUCCCCCCGUCACCACACGUGAAUUCAUGGAUUUUCUCCGCUACAUCGAGUAUGAUGCCGAGAACCUCCAGUUCUAUCUGUGGUACAGAGACUACUGCAAGCGCUUCGACGGACUUUCAGAGAGCCAGAAGAAACUGGCUCCUGAAUGGACCGCUGAACAAGCAUUAGCGGAGAAGAACAUGGCCGAGAAAGAAAAACUACCGAAGAAAAUCGCAAGCAACGCCGCGGCUGUGUUGAGAGGAACCGACUUCGAUCCAAGCGCCAAAGCAGGCAUCCCGGAGGUUGCUCCGAACCCGUUCAACACUCCUCCGCGAACCCCUUCAGCUUCAGCCACAGAUCACGACAGUGUGAUUCCGUCUACUAUCGGCUACAGUGACGACGCAACCACCCUUCGGGCCGGAACUACGGACCACAGCAAGAGAGCUGCGGAAGCCUUCGAAGAAGUUGGAGCUCUUCAGCCUUUCACUGUUCAACCAUUCCGUGAAGAGAUCACUCGGAUCAUCGCUAUUUACAUUGCUGAUGGCGGCUCUCGCUUGCUCAACUUGUCGGCCAAGGAAAAGGCUGUUCUGCUCAAAGCACUGUCCGUCACCACUCACCCGUCAGCGUUCCGCGAUGUCAUUGCCACGGUGGAAUGGACUCUGCGACAUCAAGCACACCCCAACUUCAUUCGAUGGACAAUUUGCAAUGGCAAUAAACCGAGGCAGGCCUUCGCUCGUUUCUUGGGCGUGGCUGGUAUUGUUGGCGGUAUUGUGUACGCGAUUGUCAUCACUCUCAGUUCGGCCAACCGCGGAUGGAGAGCGCUGGCUUUCCUCGGGCUCUUCAUCGGUGUUGCCACUCUUUUUGCUGCUGGGAAGGGCAUGUGUGUGGUCCUGCACGGUAUGCACCAUAGACAUCUUCGACCGUGGGAGCUUUUCGGCGACGAAGACCAAAACUCCGCCGAAUACACAUCGAAGAAAGAUUCAUUUGACAGUCUGGGCUCGUCCAACAGCUACGAGGACGAGCCUUGGGUGGCCAAAUACGAGAAGCGCAACCUCGUCCGCAAGAUCUUCGACCGAGAAGUCUGGAUUCAGGAGCCUGCACUACGCCAGAUCCAAGACACCAUUUUUGUACAAGCUCUUCUUACUGCGUUUGUUGCCGGAGCCAUCACGACUGCAAUCUUCUUGGCUGUGCCACCUGGAAACUUUUUUUGA